AUGAGUGAGUACCAGGCCAGCCCCGCAGAGCUGACCGGGUUACACAACCUGGGGCUGCAUAGAGAUGAAGGCAAUGCGCAGUGGCCCAGGCUUGAGCCCUUCUGCUCUGAAAGAGAGAGAACCAUGGCCCUGUCUCUACUACCACCACCAGCAGCAGCAGCAGAGUCUUUAAAGUCGAUGGCGUGUCAAAGCUGGCUGCUCAGAUGGGAACUGCUCAUUCUGGUUUCUGCUGUCUCGGAGUGUUCUAGUAAUUCUCCUCCUGGGAAACCUACUUUUAAUUCAUGCCGUUCCCCUGACAAAGAGACGUUUACCUGCAGAUGGGUCCCAAAUGCUAGCGAUGGAGAGGGCACCACCUACAGACUCUUUUACUCAAAAGAAAAACCAACUGGAGAUAAGGAGUGUCCGGACUAUCGCACGAUGGGGCGCAACUCUUGCUUUUUUGACAAGAACCACACGUCUGUUUGGGUGUACUACUUUCUCAGGGUCGUAGCCUCCAAUGCUUUUGGAAACACCUCCUCUGAUGUCCUGAAGUUAGAUGUGGCAAAUAUUGUAAUGGCCGAUCCUCCGGAAAAUGUAACUUUACAACUGGAGCUCAGCGAGGGCGGUCCUAUCAUUCAUGUUGCCUGGAAUCCUUACCAACCCCGGAGUAAUUUUGGCUGGGUCACUCCUAGAUAUCAAGCCCGCUUUGAAAAUGAAGACACUGACUGGAUUCGGGAUACCGGCACAGAUACACAUUAUAGCUUUUACAGCACCCCUCCGGGAAAACAAUACAAGGUCCAGGUGCGCUGUUCGCUUGACAAUCGUCCAUGGAGUGAAUGGAGCAAUGCCUCGUUCAUUCAAGUCCCUAAGUCCGAAGCUAAACGAUGGCCCUUCUGGAUACUGGUCUUCAUAUGCUCGGCCAUAAUUUUUUUUCCAACCCUGUGCAUAAUGCUCAUCAAGAGGAAAUGCAUCAAACAGUGGCUUCUGCCUCCUGUUCCUGGACCAAAGAUAAAAGGACUCGAUGAGCAUCUGCUUAAGAAUGGACGAUCUGAGGAGAUCACGCGCGUUCUUGUCCUAAAUCAGGCCUUUCCCCUCACAGCGCCCUGGAAAAACCAAAUUGAGGAUUACCUUGUUGUGUGUGACAACAACUUGCUGCUGGUAGAGGACCAGAAGUACCUAAACCGGAUGGUAGUUACAAAGCAGUUUCCUUCUGAUGCAAACAUCGAUAAAGAGAAGUUGAUUUUGCAAAAUGAUGUCGACCCCAAAGCACAGACACAGGACACCCGUGAGUCUGUCGAUGAAUUAAACAGAGUAAACAAAGAAAAGGCUCAGUCAGUCCAUCUGCCUUUGCAAAACGGCUAUGUGGACAUUCCCAAACUUGAUGUGGACAGGAGACAUAUGGACUAUAGCUCUGUGAUAGACGUUACAGGAGAGCACACAAUCGUUCUGGAGAUGCAAAACAAUGCCCCAAAUUGUCAAAAAGUUCACUUGAACGAGAAAGAGGACAAGUGCCUGUCUGAAGACUACAUCAGCAUCAAAGAGGUCCAGAGCGAGCACAUGAGUCUGCUGCAGGAUCCGUGCAGUAUAAACAACAAAGACUGUGGGAAACAGGAGGCAACGUAUGCAAACUUUAUCACUAAUGGAUAUGUGGACAAUACUUUUUAA